AUGAGUCGUAUAGUGACUCGAUGGCGGUCACUCCAAGCUAGCCGUUCACUCAAGUUGCGGAUUGGACAAACGCGUAGCCUCUUUGCCUGGGCAAGUCCCAAACAAAGCGACUUACUGCCGCUCGAUCGUAUGAUUGAGGAAGAGAAGGUGGACGACUAUUCCCCGGAGAGAUUCUACCCUGUACAGCUGGGAGAGGUAUUCCGAGGCGUAUACCAAGUCGCUUUCAAACUUGGUUAUGGAGGGGUGUCUACCGUGUGGUUAGCGCGGGAUCUUCGUCGUUGGCGGUGGCAACCCGAUCGUCAUGUCACGCUCAAGGUCUACAGAAACGAUACGCCUCACAGGGCUGCGGCUGAGCGCGAGAUCGAGCUCUCGCGCGUCGUGGCGGCUGCGAACCCUGCGCACAAUGGGAGCCUGUAUGUAAGGACAAUGCUGGAUUCGUUUGAGAUAACUGGGCCACACGGUCGCCACUACUGUCUCGUACACGAGCCCCUCAGGGAACCGUUAAACAUCAUGCAGCGCCGUAUGGCCAGUUCAAGAUAUUCUUCCGUAGUCGUCAAGGGGAUUCUAUACUACGUCCUAGAAGGGCUAGACUAUCUUCACACGCAGUGUCAUAUGGUCCAUACUGAUCUCAAGCCCGAGAACAUCCUCUUCGCAUUUGAGGACAUAUCAUGCAUCGACAGGGCUGUAAGAGAAGAAGCAGACCAUCCCUCCCCCCGAAAGACAGUCGUCGAUAGGACACUAUAUCAAUCUAGAAUCAAUAUGGGGCCUCUCAAAACACCCCCAGAGUAUCUGAGGAUCAUUGACCUAAGUCACGCUGUCAGGAAGGACGAAUCAGAGUUCUUUAAAGGCUUCCUCCAGGUGAAUUCAUAUCGAGCACCAGAAGUUCUCCUGGAUAUCCCGUGGUCAUAUAGCGUGGAUAUCUGGAAUUUGGUUAUGGGAUCUACUGGAGGAUGCCGAUCUCUGUGA